AUGGAACUCUUGUGUCCCUACCUCAAUCAGUUCUACGGUAUCGAUCGCCUGGAACGAGCCCUUUGCCCAUACUGGACAGAUGCUGACCAUUCGGUAUUGCAUGUAGCCAACGAAACUCAACAGCUUGUUGACGACGAUAAAAAGUUUGCCGUUUCGUUGGAUGUUUCGCAGUUUCACCCCCAUGAAGUGCAGGUCCAUGUGGAAGGAAAUAACUUGGUUGUGGAAGGAAAGCAACAGCACAAAAGUGACAACGGCUACAUGGAAAGGUAA